GCACGUUGACAUUUGUCACUGUGAAAAGUAAACCAUGACUACGGAAGGUCUUGAAAAAUCAGCCGAGGACGGAGCAGCUUCCAGUGGGGCGACUGCGCCCUCGGGAACUCGUUUCGACUUGGAGAAAGAGACGGAACUUCGUUUUGAAGUAGAAGCUGGGGAAAGGGUACAGCUAGAACUUCUCUCUGGGCUAGCGGAAAUAUUCGGCUCAGAACUCAACAAGAAUAAAAAAUACACAUUUGGUCCUGGCUCAAAAAUCGCUGUAUUCACAUGGCAGGGCUGUAGCGUCUCCCUCUCAGGAAAGACUGAGGUUGCUUAUGUUUCCAAAGACACUCCUAUGCUCCUGUACCUCAACACCCAUGCUGCUUUGGAACAGAUGAGGCAACAAGCCGAGCGAGAGAAUGAAAGAGGACCACGGGUUAUGGUGGUUGGCCCUACUGAUGUGGGGAAGUCAACAGUGUGCCGCCUGCUUCUGAACUAUGCUGUACGACUUGGAAGAAGGCCGACGUUGGUUGAACUGGAUGUCGGUCAAAGUGGUGUGUCAGUUCCAGGAACAAUGUCAGCCUUGUGCAUUGAGCGUCCAGCUGAUGUGGAGGAGGGCUUCUCAGUCCAGGCUCCACUCGUCUAUCACUUCGGCUCCACCACCCCAGGAACUAACAUCAAACUCUAUAACAAACUGACGUCAACCCUGGCCGACGUCUUCUCCCAGCGUUGUGAGGUGAACAGGAAAGCCAGCGUGGGAGGCUGCAUCAUCAACACCUGCGGCUGGGUGAAGGGCUCAGGCUACCAGGCCCUGGUGCACUGCGCGUCAGCCUUCCAGGUGGACGUGGUGUUGGUGCUGGACCAGGAGAGGCUGUAUAAUGAGCUGAAGCGCGACUUGCCCCACUUUGUGCGCGUGGUGCUGCUGCCCAAGUCCGGCGGCGUGGUGGAGCGCUCCAAAGACUGCCGCCGUGAGUCUCGCGACGAGAAGAUCCGUGAGUACUUCUACGGCUUCCGCGGCAACACAUUCUUCCCCCACGCGUUCGACGUCCGGUUCUCGGACGUGCGCAUCUACAAGAUCGGCGCGCCGUCUAUCCCAGACUCGUGCCUGCCACUGGGCAUGUCCCAGGACGACACACAGCUCAAGCUGGUCCCGGUGAGCCCGGGCCGGGACCUGACGCACCACGUUCUGAGUGUGAGCUGUGCGGAGGAUGAUACGGGAGACGGGGGAUCAGCGCGGGGCCGGGGGGUGCUGGAGAACCCUGUGUGUGGCUUCAUAGUGGUGACGGCAGUGGACACGCAGGCCCAAGUGAUGACAGUCCUGUCACCGGCACCUCGACCUCUGCCCAGGCACACGCUGCUGAUCAUGGACAUCCGCUUCAUUGACCUGAAGUAGAUAAGAAGCAGACGAGAGACAAUCAGUGAAGUGUAAACACAACACAUCCCCAUUGGGAUUGAACAUGUACAUUUAAAAGCUGCUAAAUGCAUUGCUUCAGUUGAAUUUAGGUUAAAUGUUUGAUCUGCCAAUGCUGGCAGUGAGGCUAUACAUUUUCCAUUAAACAUGUACAUAAUUUGUUUUAGAUUGAUAAUUGUUACUCAUUUUUUUCUAAUAAA